AUGAUCGUCUGUCGACUCCUCGCCGGCUUGGCCGGGGGCGCGCCCUUGACCAACACCGGCGGCACGGUGAGCGACCUGUGGGAGCGCAACGCGAGCGGCGGGCCCAUGGCCGUCUACGGGCUGAGCAGUACCUUUGGCCCGCCUAUGGCUCUCGUGGUGAGCGGGUAUAUCGGCCUCAAUCUCGGCUUCCGCUGGAUUUUCUGGAUUCUCAUGGCUAUCACAGGGGGCUUCUGGGCCCUUCUCACCCUCACGGUGCCUGAGACCCGGCACAGCAUCAUUCUGCAGCGCAAGGCCCCUGUUCGCCAUCACGCUCUCCCGCCCUUUCUUUUCCUCUUCGCCGAGCCCAUCACCAGCUUCUCUGCUAUCUACAACGGCUUCCUCUACGGCCUGGUCUAUCUCUUCAACGAGGCGUUCCCGCUCGUCUUUGGCGGACCGCAUGGCCACGGCUUCAACAUAGGGCAGCAGGGCCUCUGCUUCCUCGGCAUGGCGGUCGGUCCCCUCGUUGCGUUUGCCCUAUCCCCUCUGCAGGAACGCUACUAUCUGCGCCGCGUUGCCGAGAACAAGGGCAGGGCCGUGCCCGAGGCGCGCAUGUGGAUGGCCCGCGGCGGCUCACUCCUCAUCCCUCUUAGUCUGUUUUGGUUCGGGUGGACGAGCUACAGCUCUGUGCACUGGAUCGUUCCCAUUAUCGCUUCCUCCUUCUUUGGUGCCGGUCUCUACAUUGUCAUUCUCAGCAUUCUGAACUACGUCGUUGACGGGUACCAGACCUACUCUGCCUCUGCACUGGCAGGGGUCAUCCUCGUCCGGAACAUCGUCGGGGCUGGAUUCCCGCUCUUCGCGACGCAGAUGUACGAGCGACUAGGAUAUGAGUGGGCAAGCUCUCUCUUGGGCUUCAUUGCCAUCCUACUGGUACCGAUCCCUUUCGUCUUCUUUUACAAAGGCGAGGUUAUCCGGCUGCGCAGUCCGUGGGCCAGGGAGCAUUUCAAUUCGAGCGAGGACAGCCCGCAUUAG